GCCCAUGCGCCACUCGUCCUGCCCAAACGCGUCAAGUGGCUGGGGAUCACGUGGGGCCAUGUGGCCCACUCCACACCACAUCUUAUCUCAUUCGUCUCCCACCACACCUUAUCUCUUUCUUCUUUCUUCUUCCUCCCGUAGUAUCCACUCUUUCUCCACUGCCUUUUCUCUUUCUUUCUCCCGCAACGAACCACUCCGCGAGCUGCUGGUGAUGCACGAGGGGCGGCGAGUUAUGCUACAAGGGGGUACCGGUGCUGCACUCCAGCCACCUCACGGCGAGCCUUCUCUUUUCCCCACCGCUGCCACACCCCCACGCGCAAGUUCGACAAGCAUGAUGAGGCGGCAGCCGCCAUGGAUGUUGUGCUGCAAACGGCAGCGAGAUGCUACAACCACUCGCGAGAAAUGCUACAUCCCACGACAAUUGAGCUUUCGUUUGCUGAGAUUUUUUGCUGGAACCGGCAUUAAUUUUUGCUACUACCGGCGAACUUUUUGCUACAUCCAUCAAGACGGAGCUGCGACCUCGCGACGGCGGCGACAGCGUUUUUGCUGCAACCGUUGUCAGGUUUUGCUACGACCAGAUAAGUUUUUUGCUACAUCCGUUCAAUGGCGUGAUUGGCUGGUGGGAGUCGUCGACGCAAUUCCGUUCAGCGAGCAUCAACGGCGAGGGGCGGCGGCGAAGCUGCAACCGGAGCCGCUGAGAGCUGCAACUGCAGGUGCAGCUGUUGCAUGGGUCGAGGCAGUGACGAGGAGGACCGGCGAGGGUGGGAACCAACGACGAGGAUGGCCGGCGAGGGUGCGGAUCGGCGACGAGGAAGGCCACCGGAGGGGAGAUGAGGCACCGGAGGGGAGCUGCGCGAGAUGGCAGAGAUGCGGGGAUCUGCACGAGCGUGAGAUGCACGAGGAGGAAGAAGAUCUGGGACGAAUCAGUUUUUUUUUCCGCUAGAUCGAACGGCCAGAACAAGUGGCAUCCUGCGGCUGGGUGUGACCGGCCCAAACUUUGGGCCGGUGCGCCGGCGCAGAUUACUCGCCAUUUGGUAUAGGGGGGCGAGUUCCUCACUUGAGCUCUUACAUACUAAUGAGCUUCGACCCAGCCAAAAAACAUUAAGACCGUGUAAAAGGCCGAAAUUGAAAUCAUGUUUUCAUUGAUGUAAACACUAGAAGAAGACUACCAAAUUGUCCAUCUUUGACAAGACAAUUUCAAAUUUUAUUAAAUUUGUAUAGCAAAAUUUGGUACACUAUACUACAAAUAAU